UUCUGGAAAGAAAGCAAAUGCAGAACGGCCACACACAUUUAUGUAUUUACGCGUCUGUAGAGGGUGUGUAUAUGUGUGUGUAUAUAUAUACAUGACAGGGAAGUAUCACCCUAGAAGAUGUAGAAAUAGGAAAAACAAAAACCAGAAAGACAACCAAACAGAGAGAUGGAGAAGAUAGAGCAUGCUACAGUCGCUACCAAUGGAAUCAACAUGCAUGUUGCAUCAAUCGGUAAAGGUCCAGUCAUCCUCUUUAUCCAUGGCUUCCCCGAACUCUGGUACACCUGGCGCCACCAGCUCCUCGCUCUCUCCGCUCUCGGCUACCGCGCCAUAGCCCCUGACCUCCGCGGCUACGGCGACACCGACGCUCCUCCUUCUAUCGAAUCCUACACCGUUCUCCACAUCGUCGGCGACCUCGUUGGCCUCCUUGACGCGCUCGGUAUUGACCAGGUGUUCUUAGUCGGCCACGACUGGGGCGCUUUCAUCGCAUGGCAUUUUUGCUUGUUUCGCCCCGAUAGAAUCAAAGCCCUGGUUAAUCUGAGCGUUGCGUUGAAUCCAAGGAACCCGGUGAGGAAGCCGGUAGAGUCAUUUAGGGCUUUGUUCGGCGACGAUUACUACAUUUGCAGGUUUCAGGAACCUGGAGAGAUUGAAGAAGAAUUUGCCCAAGUUGAUACUAGAAAACUAAUAACUUGUUUUCUGGCAUCGCGAAAUCCCAAACCGCCUCGAUGGCCAAAAGAAAAAGGCUUCCGAAAUAUUCCUGAGGAACCCUUGCCCUCUUGGCUAACCGAAGAAGAUGUCGGAUAUUACGCCAGCAAAUUUAGCCAGAAAGGCUUCACUGGUGGACUGAACUACUAUCGAGCUAUGAACCUGAGCUGGGAACUUAUAGCGCCAUGGACAGGGGUUCAAGUCAAGGUACCAGUUAAAUUCAUCGUAGGCGACCUGGAUAUCACCUAUAAUAUCCCUGGUAUGAAGGAAUACAUUCACGGGGACGGCUUUAAAAAAUUGGUGCCGUUUCUACAGGAAAUAGUUGUGAUGGAAGGAGUAGCUCACUUCAUCAACCAAGAAAAGCCAGAGGAAAUUAGUGCACACAUUUACAAGUUCUUCAAGAAGUUCUGAUUUUCUGAUAACUUGACUUGCCUUUCUUCUGUCCGCCUCUGAUUUCCCGUUGUUCCGUGGCUUUGGCCUUUUGUCUGAUUUCGAUUAGUAUAACAAGUUCUUCAUAUCAGAGAAUUACUUCAAUAGAAGUGUUUUCUCAAUGGAAGAAAAUAAGAAUGAUAUGUACUUGGCAGGUCUUGAAAAUUAGUUCUUUUGUUCUUCCUUUUAACACAA